AUGGAGGCCCAGGGAGAAGCUCAAGCAGCAACUGCUGCAGCAGCUGCUAGACACAGCUUUAUCGCUGCUGCUGCUGCUGAAGGAGCAGCAACAGCAACAGCAGCAGAAAGCAAAGCAGCAGCAACAAGCUCAGCAGCACCAGCAGCAGCAAUAGAAGCAGCAACUGCUGCUACUUCACAGGGUCUCCCCGACCCUUCAGGACAGGCAUGUGCAGGAACGUCUGCAGCAGGAGCAGCAGCAGCAGCAGCAGCACCGACUGCAGCAGCAGCAGCAGCAGCGACUGCAACAGCAGCAGCAGCAGACCCACCCGAAGCACCAUCAGAGGCUGACCGGUCUCCAGCAUCAGCAGCAGCAGCAACAGUUGCAUCCACAGCACAAGACACAGCAGCAGCAGUAACAACAACAAGAGCUGCUGCUGCUGCUGCAGCAGCAGCAGCAGCAGCAGCAGCAGCAGCAGCAGGUGUUGCUCCCUUUGUAUUAGUUAAGGAUUUGCUGCCACAGAUGGGCUGCUGCUGCUGCGUUGUUCGCAUACUAGGGUUUCUUGGGCAUAGUACUUAUAAACUCCCGUCAGGAGAAACCCUCAAAACAACAGAAGCAGCAGUAGGAGAUGACACAGGAAGUGUUUUGCUGCUGCUGCAGUCUGAUGCUCAUAGACGUCUUUGUCCGAUAGGGGCAGAAGUGCUGCUGCUAAAUGUAACAGUUAGCAGCAUAGGCAAUUAUAUUUGUUUGCGUCUGCCUAGAGGAGGCAGAGCAGCAGCAGCAGCAGCAGCAACAGCAGCAGCAGCAGCAGCAAUUGUUCCUUUGUCUCCUUCCUCUUUGUCUCCUGAUCCUCAUCCUGACUGCUGCACUUCCCAAGAGCAGCAGCAGCAGCAGCAACAGCCGAAGCAGCAGGAGCAGCCAGAGCAGCAGCCGCAGCAGCAGCAGCAGCAGCAGCAGCAGCAGCAGCAGCAGAAGCAUCUGCUGCUGCAGCUCAGACAGGCACAGCCGCUACCCAUUCCUGUUAAACGCGCAUCACCUCUCUAA